AUGAAGGUGUUUGAUUAUGCCAAAAUGAAAGUUACUCAUUCCAUGAGGUUCCCUGCUCCCCUCAUGUCAUUAGCGUUUUCGCCGGAUUGUUUGACCAGGGUUAUUGGGACUUCGAAUGGGACAAUAUACGCUGGGAGGAGGAAAAACAAGGAAGAUUUUGAGGGUGGCUCUGAUGAGGAGCUAGAGAGGCCGCUUUCCAAGUAUGAGAGGAGGCAAAAGAAGCUGAAGGCGUUAAGCUCCGGGGAUGCUGGGGGAUUGGGACCUGUGGAGGAACCACAGGUUCGGGUUUUGAAGCCUACUAAUUUUCGGUAUUUCCACAGAGGGCAAGGAGAGAAGCCAUCCGAGGGGGAGUAUUUGGUAAUGAGACCAAGGAAAGUGAAAUUAGGUGAGCAUGACAAACUGUUGAAGAAAUUUAGGCACAAGGAAGCUCUAGUGUCUGUGUUGGGUAGUAAGAAUCCGGAGAAUGCUGUGGCUGUGAUGGAGGAAUUGGUAGCAAGGAAGAAAUUGCUGAAAUGUGUUUCGAAUUUGGAUUCAGAGGAGCUCGGAUUGUUGCUGAUGUUUUUGCAGAAGCACUCGACCGUCCCUAGUUACUCAGGGUUGUUGAUGGGGUUGACAAAGAAGGUUCUAGAGAUGAGGGCAGAAGACAUUAGAGCUUCUGAUGAUUUGAAGGGUCAUAUUAGAAACCUUAAAAGGUCUGUUGAGGAGGAAAUACGAAUACAACAAUCAUUGCAAGAGAUACAGGGUAUAAUUUCUCCUUUGUUGAGGAUCACGGGAAGAAGAUGA